ACUGUACGAUAGCAACUGAAUUGUUUACAUGAAAUGGUGGAAGAUUUAAAUUUGACUUUAAAAUAUCAUGUCUCAAUUUAUUAACACCAACACUAUUCCAUGUGAAAUUUCACAAGACCAGGACACUUCGUUUUUAAAUUUAAAUGAUUUAUCGAAUGUUGGGAAGUUACGGUCUUGGCGAACAGCAUUCUCACUUUCAGUGUGACAACUGUUGCGGCCAAAAUAAAAACAACAUAGUCAUCUGGUACCUUCUGUGGAGAGUUAUUGUAGGUUUACACAGAAUCAUCACACUAAGCUUUAUGUUGAUAAGACAUACAAAGUUUACACCAGAUUGGCACUUUGGCAUCUGGAAGUCAAAGUGGAGAAACUUCAAUGCAGAAAUGUUGUCUGAUGUCGCUGCGUCUGUGGGGUUAUCGUCAAGGACAGGCCUCAACAUCCCCCAGCUUGUGGGGGACUCUUCCAAUCCUGUUGUUAUCUAAGACAGGAAGGAUUACUUUACGACAUUGUUUCACCACAUAAAGAAUGUCACCAAAUUUCAUCAUUUUCCAUGUGUCAGCGGAGCAUCCCGGUGUUGUGGAAUGCAGGGAGUUUAGUGACUCACCAGUAGUCAGAAUCACUCUCAGGAAGGUCUCGAAAGUGAAUGUUAAUGUGAGCUGUGACAACCUGCCAUAAGAAAUGUUUGCAAAGGGCUUGAUCUGGACCAUCAGUGGUAUUUAUUUGAAAACAUUCAUGAAUUCUGUCGCAUAGAUGAAACAAAAACUUGACAUGUCCGAAACGUGCUACUGGUGAGCAACAAAAAACAGACUUUGCCCCCCCCCCCCCCCCAAAGAA